CGUGCGCCGUGCGUGCGGACCGUCACGAAGUCACGUGACAGAGACGGUCCCCGGCCAGAGGAAGAAGCGAAGCGAGAGAGACGGCGACCGGGGAGGGAGAAAUUAACGAUUGGAGAUUAACGCUCAAACAUCAUCAUCAUUACCAUGGCCGCGCUCUCUCUUCUCUACGGCGGAGUCUCGCUCGCCUUCUGGAGCACGCUCACCAUCGUGGGGAUUUGCUACACCAUCUUCGACCUCGGAUUCCGGUUCGACAUCGGAUGGUUCCUGACCGAGACGUCCCCGUACAUGUGGGCCAACCUUGGGAUCGGCCUCGCCAUUUCGCUGUCCGUGGUCGGAGCUGCCUGGGGCAUCUACAUGACCGGCUCGAGCAUCAUCGGCGGCGGAGUGAAGGCACCGCGCAUCCGCACCAAGAACCUGGUCAGCAUCAUCUUCUGCGAAGCUGUCGCCAUCUAUGGAAUCAUCAUGGCCAUCGUCAUCAGCAACCUCGCCGAGCCUUUUAAAGGAGCCAUCCCUGAGCUCAUUGGUAACCGCAACUACCACGCAGGCUACGCUAUGUUCGGGGCCGGCCUCACCGUGGGCUUCUCGAACCUGUUCUGCGGAGUGUGCGUGGGGGUGGUGGGGAGCGGAGCGGCGCUUGCCGACGCGCAGAACGCUUCUCUCUUCGUCAAGAUCCUCAUCGUGGAGAUCUUCGGCAGCGCCAUCGGCCUCUUCGGCGUCAUCGUCUCCAUCCUGCAGACAUCGAAAGUGAAAAUGGGAGACUGAGCCAUACAAGUGACAGCUGCUGUUGGUGACCAGAACACACGUUCAGUCCACAACCAGCGAACGCACGACUCCUAACCCUAAUCCCAUGCGCAUACACUUACACACGUACAUACAUAUAUACACACGAGCUGGUACACGAGCCACACACUGUCAUACAUUAGACACACAACCAUUACACAUAGACCCACACACAACCCACACACACCCACAAUAUACACGCCGCAAAGACAUAUACACCCACACAUACAUCAUUCACAUACACAUGUAUACCCACUCACUUACGCACAUAUCCCACUCACACAUGCAAAGACACACACACAUCAACCCACACAAAUACACACAACCCACAUGCAUAUACACACACACACCGUACAUGUGCACGCACACACCCCUAUACACCAACUCCCCCGCAUGAUGCCCACGCAUACAUGCAUUCACAUACGCACACCCCGCGUGAACAUCCACCCCACACACACACACACCCUGCACACACACUUCUUGCACACACACACAUCUGCCUAAGGACACCUAAGAGCACGCUCUCUGGAAACUCCCCCUGUCGAAGCUUAACACUGGGCGGCCACCGCUUAAAUCACCACAGCCACAGCGUUAUUCGUGACUGCAGAGCGGUCUGCUGCACGAGAGGCAUCCUCGCUCCUCUGCCGGCACCUGAAGGCUCUCCGAGACAUUUCGAUUCAAUCCACGCCGAUCGCAGCUGUUUCCGAGGGAUUGAGAUGAGAGAGUCUAUUUAAGAUUUAACCUACCCAACGAGGUAUUGUAGGUGAGAGACCACUU